CCCACAUGUGAAUUUAGUUUGUUGUUGAUUAGUUUGUUUUUGAUUCAAUUUAAAAGGGCAGUCAAAUAUAAUGUUAAGGGUGACCCAGACCAAAAACAGCCUGCUCGAUGGGGCCUCCAUUGAGGAGGAGCUCUACACAACGCCGCAGGACGGCGAGGAUUUCUUCGAGAGCCUAGAAAAGCCGGCGAAGGAACCCACCAAACUGGAACCCAGAAACACCUUCAUUCGCGCCGGCGUCCUGACCACCGUGAGGGGCUCCGCGUACAUGGAGUACGGAAACACCAAGGUCCUGGCCAUUGUGGCCCCGCCAAAGGAGCUAAUCCGCGCCAGCGCCCGUCGGAUGAACAUGGGCGUGCUCAAUUGCUAUGUGAACUUUGCCGCCUUUGCCACGGGGGAUCUGGAGACGGUGCCGGAGCGGGAGCGCCACCUGGGCAGCAUGCUGACCAAGGCAAUGGAGCCGGUUGUCUGCCGGACGGAGUUCCUCAACUUCCAGCUGGACAUACGGGUGCUCAUUCUGGACGACGAUGGCUGCCUGCUCAGCACGGCCAUCAAUUGCUGCGGCGUAGCGUUGGUGGAGUGCGGCAUAUCCACCUACGACUUGAUUACAGCCUCAACGGCCUGCAUCUAUCGGGAUCACGUCUUUCUCAAUCCCAGCGCCAAGGUGGAGCAGCUGCUGCUAAAGCGUCGCAGCAACAGCAACAACGUAUCGUCCAUCCAGGAGCACGGUCUGAUUAUCACCGCCAGCAUGGACACCUUCGAACAGAUUGCCCAGUGCCAGCAGUGCGGAUACUUGAGUCCCGACACCUACGUCAAGCUGCUCGACUACACGCUGGCCAUCAACAAGUCGCUGCGACAACUGGUCAGAGGCGUCCUGACCAAGCGGGUCAAGGAGCAGCACGAACUGGAUCUGCGCGAGAAGGCCGAGAGCGCUCUGGAGGAUCAGCGGUUGGGGGAAAUCAUCGAUAAGCUGAAGACGCAAGGUCUGGACGAGUUUAUACAGUCCAAUAUCAAGGAAGAUCCUUACGUUAAGAGGCAGUAAUUGGUCAGAAAUAAACCAUCUUUAAGAAAAUAUUGAA